AUGGAAACAAAAAAAAGAAAUUGCUUCAACUUAUGGGUUGAUUUGACAUUUGAUGAACUUUGGGUAUACAUUGCAAUAAUAUAUCUAAUGGGAAUAGUAAACAAGCCUAAUUAUCAUAUGUUUUGGACUAAAGACCAUAUAUUUUCUACACCUAUUUUUCCCAGACUCAUGCGUCGUGAUCGAUUUGAGUCCAUUCGUAAAAUGAUGCAUUUUACAGAUCCUGGAAAUGAAAAUCAUGAUGAUAGUUUGUGUAAGCUUAGGUCUUUGAUAGAAAGUUUAUUAAAAUGUUUUUCUGAACAUUAUACUCCUAAGCAAAAUAUCUCAGUAGAUGAGUAUCUUUCCCUUUGGAAAGGUCGUUUGAAAUUCCGUGUUUUUAUCCCAACUAAGCGUGAACGCUACGGAAUCAAAUUAUACAUGUGUUGUGAAAGUAAGACUGGUUAUUUGUAUAGCUUUAUAAUAUAUACUGGUUCAGAUACAGACUAUCCUGCACCCAGUAACAUUACAUUUCCAAAAGCAUUUGAUGAGUAUGCAAGUUACUCAAAAGUAGUAUUAUCAUUAAUAGAUGGACUGUACAAACAAGGUUACUGUGUAACGAUAGAUAAUUUAUACACUUCACCUGAACUUUUGAUGGCCCUAUUUUAUAACCAAACGGAUUGUUUAGGCACACUGCGUCAAAAAAAAGGACUUCCUAGGGACUUCUGGAAUUGGAAGCCUUCUAAAGGCAUAGGUCAACCAGUUUUGAAAAUGUUUUGUGCCGAAAAAAUUAUGAUAAUGAGAUGGAAUGAUCCCUACAAAACCAAAUCAACAAAAAUUGUUUCAAUGAUGUCAACAAAACAUACUGGUCAGUUAGUUGAAACUGGAAAAGUUCACUUCUCUUAG